CUAAAUACAAAGUCUUACAAGCCGCUCAGUCGUCAACAUUUCACUUUGGCUGUAGGAAGCAUAAAAACGGAGUUACAAGAUUCUUAGAACCAAUAAAUUUAUUUGUAAAAAAACCGCAAAUUCACGGCUUAAUAGUAUUAAUAAAAAUUAUUAGCAACAAAAACAAAAUCAAAAUCGAAUAAAAAAAAAUAAAAUCUUUAAUUAAUUUUCUUGUAAUUUUUGGCAACCAACAUGCAAAGCUGUCAACAAGUUUUGUACUUGACUUUAUUGUUAACCUUUUGUAUUAUUGGUACAUAUACCGCACCCACUGCUGAAGCUGAAGCAUCUGCCGAAGCUGAAGCAAAGCGUCGCACAAAUGAACCACAAUUUGUGGUGAUUUCAGAGGAUGUCAUACCAGAUGUGGAGAACACGACACAAAAGGUCAUACGUGUAAAUCCAUUGGAUUUACCAUCUGUUAAAGAUGACCCCUCUGGCAAUAUGGACUCGUCUUUGUUCAAAAUUCAAUCAUUGCAGCCGUUCUACCGCAGUUACGUAAACUCCAAACGACUACGUAAGCCACGUCCAUUGGAAUUAAAUGCAGUCACUGAUUCACCCAUACACCGUGAGGUCAAAGCGCGCAACACAAAACUAACCAACACAUGA